GGGAUAAAUAUUAUGGAUAUGUCAAAAAUAACAAAAGAAAUGGUUUUGGAAUACUAAUAUGUACCAAUGGAUGUUUUUAUGAAGGAUAUUGGCUAGAUGAUUAAUUUUCAGGAGAAGGUUUUUAUAUAGAUGAAUAAGGAAAUUUUAUUAAAGGAAGCUUUAAAAAUAAUAAACCUAAUGGACAAUGUUUAUUAGUAAAAAUUGAUGGCUGCAAAUAUGAAGGAGAAAUGAAAAAUGGAUAAAAAGAUGGAUAGGGAGAAGAAAUAACAAAUAAAGGAAUGUAUUAUAAAGGUUAAUAUAAAAAUGGUUUAAUGAAUGGGCAUGGGAAAUAUAUAAUAGAUAAUAUAUUUGAAUAUGAAGGAAAUUUUGAAAAUGAUUAAAUAAAAGGAUAUGGUACUUGUAAAUGGAAUACAGGAAAAUAAUAUAAAGGAUAUUGGCUUAAUAAUAAAAUGCAUGGAAAAGGUUUAUAUGUAUGGGCUGAUGGGAAAAAAUAUGAAGGCAUUUAUUAUUUAAAUUAUUUUAUAAUUUAUUUAUAUUUAAGGUAAUUUUUAUAAUGA